GGCAAAAGAGAUAGUCUGAUUGCGUCCUCUUGCACUGACGUGAUGCUACUGUCCAUGGCCCUCAACAGCAUGUCCUGGAUGCUGCUAUCCUGCCUGAUGCUUGUAUCUCAAGUGCAUGGUGAAGACUCCCAGGAGGGAAUUCUCUCUUCACGCAUCAGUUGUCCCAGCGGUGCUAAAGCCUAUGGGUCCUACUGCUAUGCACUAUUUAAGACACCAAAAUCUUGGUUUGAUGCAGACCUGGCCUGUCAGAAGCGGCCUUCAGGACACCUUGUGUCUAUCCUCAGUGGAGCUGAAGGGUCCUUCGUGUCUUCCCUGAUCAAGAGCAAUGCGAUCAGCUCCUAUUAUGUUUGGAUUGGGCUCCAUGACCCCACACUGGGCCUAGAACCCAAUGGAGGAGGAUGGGAGUGGAGCAGCACUGAUCUGCUGGAUUACUUCAACUGGGAGAGGAACCCUUCCAUUGCCUCAGACCGUGGUUACUGUGGAAGUGUGACACUAAACUCAGGAUUUCUGAAAUGGAGAGAUUAUAAUUGCGGUGUGCAGUUACCUUAUGUUUGCAAGUUCAAGAACUAAGAUCGAUAGCGGCCUCAACUUGUAUGAACAAGAGUCCAAGUAUGAAGAUUUACCUAAAAGGGAACAUUCUCCUCAUACUCCAAAACCUGAAAUC